CUUCAGUUGCGGAAUUUGCAAGCACGGUUCACAAGACAAUUUGCCAGCGAGGGAGCCUGCGGAUCUGCUCCUCUCUUCCGUCGUUCCGCCUUGAUCUAUCUUGUCGCAAUCCUUUGUAGAGCAAGAUCAUCUCUCGAAUCCUCCGUCGAUCCGCUUUCUCGUCUGCCCUUUGAGCCGUGAUCUGCGGCAAUGGCGGUGGAUAAGAAGGAGAAGGAGAAGGAGGAGAAGGUGGCCGGUACGAAGGAGGAGCAGAAGGGUCAGAAGGAGGGUGCAUCGAAGGACGCCAAGAAGAAGAAGGAAGAGAAGAAGCAGGAUGAGCUGUCGGAGGAGGACUUGGCGUUGAAGCAGGCGUUGGACCUCAUGGUGGAGAGACUCAGUGACACGGAGGCCGGAGUGCAGAAGCUAGCGCUCGAGAGCAUGCGCAAGGAGAUCCGCACGGCCACGAGCUCCAUGACGUCCGUACCCAAGCCGCUCAAGUUCCUGCGCCCGCACUACGCGCUGCUCAAGGCCUCAUACGACACUGUGCACCCCGAAAACCAGAGCCUCAUCGCGGACGUCAUCUCAGUGCUGGCCAUGACCAUGUCCGAGGAUGGAGCCAGGGAGAGUCUCAAGUACCGUCUGUUGGGAUCCACAGAGGACCUCGGCUCCUGGGGUCAUGAAUACGUCCGGAACCUUGCGGGGGAGAUAGGCGUGGAGUACCAGCUGCGGCAGGCGGAGGAUAAGCCCGUGGACGACCUCAUGGGCCUCGUGCAGCAGAUCGUUCCCUUCCACGUCGAGCACAAUGCGGAGCCCGAGGCCGUUGACCUGUUGAUGGAGGUUGAGCACCUGGACAUGCUUGUAGAGCACAUCGGUCCACAGAACUACGCUCGAACCUGCCUCUAUCUUACUGCCUGUGCCAGCUACGUGCCAGAGCCGGAGGACAUGGUGGUGCUGGAGGUGGCGUACCGGGUGUACCGCAAGGUCAACAAGUACCUGGACGCGCUCAGAGUCGCCCUGCGCAUGAACCGCCCGCAGUCUGUGCGGGAGACGUUCACAGCAGCCGAGGGCCUGGAGAAGAAGCAGCUCGCCUACCUCCUCUCGCGCCAGGGCUUUGUGUUGAACCUGGAGGAGGAGCCGGAGCUGGCGAGUGACGAGGAGCGGGAGGCGCUGCAGGAGAUAAUGUGCAACACGCGCCUGUGCGAGGGCUACCUCACGCUCGCCCGGGACCUGGACGUGAUGGAGCCCAAGCUGCCAGAAGACAUCUACAAGGCGCACCUGAUAGACGGGCGUGCAUCGCAGGCGUCCACGCUGGACUCCGCCCGGCAGAACCUCGCAGCCACGUUCGUGAACGCCUUCGUGAACGCGGGGUUCGGGCAGGACAAGCUGCUCACGGCGGCAGGCGGGGAGGGCAGCAGUGCGGCAGCCGGCAGCUGGCUGUUUAAGAACAAGGAGCAUGGGAAAGUCAGCGCCACGGCCAGCCUGGGCAUGAUUGUGCAGUGGGACGUGGACGGGGGGCUACCGCAGAUCGACAAGUACCUGUACACCAACGACAACAACAUCAUUGCGGGCGCUCUGCUCGCCGUGGGCAUUGUCAACUGCGGCGUGCGCAACGAGUGCGACCCGGCGUAUGCGCUGCUGUGCGACAGUGUGGAGAAGGACGACCCCACCAUCCGCAUCGGCGCCAUCAUGGGUCUGGGCCUCGCAUACGCCGGCACCUGCAAGGAGGAGGUCCUCGCGCUGCUCGCCCCAGUGGUCACGGACACCAAGACGCCCAUCGACGUGGCGGGCAACGCGGCCCUAGCGCUGGGCCUCGUCUUCGUGUCCUCCUGCAACGAGGACGCUGCCCAAGCCAUUAUCCUUGCUCUCAUGGAGCGGGACACCGAGCUCUCGGAGCCGCUUGCGCGCUACCUGUGCCUGGGGCUGGGUCUGCUGUUCCUGGGGCAACAGGAGGCAGUGGAUGCGACGGUUGAGGUGGCCAAGACGCUCAAUGAGGCAGUGUCGAGUUACUGCCAGGUUACGCUGGAGGCGUGCGCGUAUGCUGGCACUGGGAAUGUGCUCAAGGUGCAACAAAUGCUCGCCCUCUGUAGCGCGUCCACAGAGGCAGCAGCAGCAGCAGCCAUAGGCGCAGCAGCAGCACCAGCAGCAGCAGGGGCAGCAGCAGCAGGUGGCGCCACUGCAGCAGGAGCAGCAGGAUCAGCAGCAGCAGGCGGUUCUGCUGCUGCAGGAGCAGGAGCGGCAGCGGGCAGCAGCAGCGGGAGUGCAGCAGUGAAGGCGGGGUUCGGGCAGGGAGCGGCAGUGCUGGGGAUAGCAAUGGUGGCGAUAGCAGAGGAGCUGGGGUCGGACAUGGCUAUUCGCAGCCUGGAGCAUCUGCUGCAGUACGGUGAUGCCAGUGUGCGCAGGGCGGUGCCGCUGGCCCUGGGGCUUCUCUCCAUCUCCAAUCCACGGAUGGGUGUGAUGGACACGCUGGGUCGGCUAACACACGACAGCGAUGCUGAAGUCGCCAUGGGUGCGACCCUAUCGCUGGGUCUGAUAGGCGCGGGCACCAACAACGCGCGCAUUGCCGGCAUGCUGCGCAACCUCUCCUCCUAUUACUACAAGGACCCAACCGUCCUCUUCUGCGUGCGCAUAGCCCAGGGUCUUGUGCAUUUGGGGAAGGGUCUGCUCACGCUCAACCCCUACCACUCCGACCGCUUCCUCUGCUCCAAUGUGGCUCUGGCGGGGCUGGCAGCGCUGCUGCACAGCUGUCUGGACAUCAAGGGCAUCAUCCUACACCGCUACCAUUAUGCACUCUACUACAUCGUGCCCGCCAUGCAGCCACGCAUGCUGCUGACUGUUGAUGAGGAUCUGAAGCCACUGUCAGUGCCGGUGCGCGUGGGUCAGGCGGUGGACGUGGUUGGGCAGGCAGGGCGGCCCAAGACCAUCACGGGCUUCCAAACGCACACCACCCCGGUGCUGCUCGCCACGGGCGACAGAGCAGAGCUCGCCACUGACAAGUACAUUCCACUCUCCUCUGUGCUAGAGGGGUAUGUCAUUCUCCGGAAGAACCCCGACUUUGUCGAAGACCACCUUAGCACAUGAGGGGUGGAAGGUGGAGGAUAUUAGGUUGGAUGGCUGAUGUGGUGACACUAGCUUUGCCAUGGAUGUUGGGUGUACGAUUAAGACGUGGGUUUUUAAGAAGUGUAUACGAUCUGCAUGCCACGUUUUGUGACAUUUUGUCAGCUUAGUAGAGUUGACGGCUGGCAUAGUGAUGGUUGUUGUGAUGGAUGUCAACUCUAAUGUACAACUCACCAUCUUUCUUGA